AUUUCUAGCACAGUCUUUAGCUCCUCCAUCUUCUGGGGACAUUCUGUCUGUGUCGUUUUCCUUCUUAGUUACAAGUUGUGCUGGGAGCAAGCUGACCUACCCUGGCUGAGAGCAAAAGCAAUUUCUAAUCAACAGUAAUUAUUCUCAUUUGCCUUCGGUACGUGUUUCUGUGAAACCUCCUGGUGGACUGCUUUUCCUGGGGUAUCUGUAGGGCCAUUUUAUUGUAGUCCCUUCUCCAAACUGUAAAGUGGUCCCUUGGCCACUUUCCCCUUCUCCCAGUUUUUGUGGCUGGUCAUUUAAUAUGUGGCAUGGCAGGGCAGCUGUACCCCUGCUCCAGUCCCUUGUCUGGGGCCUAGGGUACGGGACUGCUGGGGUGAACGAGCAGUCACUGCUCCUGCGUGCCUCUUGGUGGAUCGGAAACUUGCUGGCAGUGACUAAUGUGGAAACUCAUUAGACUAGGAGGAACUGGCUCAGGUCUUGACUUUGACUAGUGUUUAUCUUUCACCUGACUGUGGGAGUGGUGAAGUGCUCUAGGCACAAUCCCGUAGGAAUUUAUUGAGCAUCUAGUGUGUGCAUUGCCUUCUGGGGGUGAAAGAAGGCCCAGCCCACUGGGUUUUAUUAUCUAGUCUGGAAGGAAAACUUGCACAUAAGAGCCCCCAAGGACCAGUGCUUUAUGUGAUACUCAGGCUCAUUAGAGUUCAAAGAAGUGCAUGUGUAUUAGUGUCCCAUGGCUGCUGUAACAAACUGCAAACUUAGUGGCUUAAAACAGCACACGUUUAUUAUCUUAUAGUUCUAGAGGUCAGACGUCAGUCUGGGUCUGCAUGGCUAUGUGCCUUCUGGAGGUUCCAGGGGAAAAUUUGUUCUCUUGUCCUUUCCAGCUUCCUGAGGAUGCCUAGAUCCUUUGACUUGGGGUCCCUUUUCUCCAUCUACAAAGCCAGCAGCCUAGCAUCUACCAACCUCUCACUCUCUGUCCCUCUGCUUUUGCUGUCACAUCAGCUUCUGACUCCUGCUGCCUCCCUCUCAUAAGGACCCUUGUGAUUACAUCAGACCUACCCAUGUAAUCUAGGACAAUCUUCCCCAUCUCAAGAUCCUUAACUUGAUCACAUCUGCAAAGUCUCAUUUGUCAUAUAAGGUAACGUGCAUAGGCUCCUUAUAUCCAGGAAUUAGGAUGUGCAUAUUCUUGGGGGAGAAGCAUUAUUCAGUCUGCAAUAGUGUGUGUGUUGGAUGGGUUGGUGAUGGUUGGGGAGGCCUUUCUGAGGGAGAUGAUUUGACCAAAUUUGUGUAGGGAGAGAAUGUCUAGGACACCUUCCAGGUUUGAGAAGCAACAUGAGCAGCUGUUGAGCUUGUGGGUGGUGGGGACAGUGAGGUGUGGGUGAGUGGUCCUCCCACUGAAACGAGAUGCCAGGGGCUUUCCUUUCCUUCCAAGGCUAGGCUGAGGGAGUUUUUUGGACUUCAGUCUGUGUGUUCAGACCCCCUCCCAGAAUUCAGGUGGGAAGGCUCCAUUGGCAACCAGAGCCUUUCCUUCCUAGCAGCUGGCUCAGCCACACUUGGUGGCCCCUGCUAUUCCUGGGUGGUGGGAAAAGGAAUUCACGAGGGAAAAUGAAUUUGAGCCAGCUGGCCUGGGUUUGGGUGGCCCAGAAACCCUGGUCACACUUCGCACAGCCUCUGUGGCAGUCACAUUGCUCACAUUGAACACAGUCAGUCCCUAGGGAGCCUUCCCUUGCCCUCCCUUAGGGUGCUUAGGGCCCCUGAGUCUCUGGGGAGGGACAGGAGGGUCAGAAGGAGAGGGGCAAAGGCCAGACCCUCUCAGGGAUCCUCCCCAUCCCCAGGAAAGCCUCGAUGGCGUGGUGAGAGGUGUCCUCAGCUGGUAUGACCUCAGCCAGCUCUACUCACCAUCUGCUGGCCGGGGGAGCCGUAGGAACAGACCCCAGAGAGCCCAGCUUCUGUGGGGACAGCGCUGGGCAGCAGUGUGUCUGGAGUGGUGCUGAGCUGGAUGCAUGUGUGUCUCUGUGUGUGUGUGUGUGUGUGUGUGUGUGUAGAGCACAGCUGGGCUCAGGAUCUCAGGGUGAGAUCUCUGUGAAAGUUCACAUUGCUCCCGCCUUGUUUGUCUGGAAAAGCUGUAGCUUUUCUCUGUUGCUUCCUUCUGGUACGCUCUCUGAGCAGAUCCUGACAGUGCAGUUGAGGGGUUAGGGGGAAAGCCAGAGGCCUGUGGCUGCCCCUGUUUGGAGAGCCUUUGGACUAUCUAGCAGGUGUCGGUAGUUGGGAGAUGAAAGAAGGUCAGGAAGGAGGGCCACGCAGCGUGCAGCCCCCCGAGCAGGGAAGGACUUGGCCCGCUUGCCGGUACCCGGUGAUUCCCUGGACUUUGGAGCAGCUGCCUUUGGGGGAGACCCCUCUCUCGGUCCCCGCCCGCCUCCAGAGCAGGUGUGGCGCUCCGCCUCUCGGGUGUGGGGCAAAGCGGGGUAGGUGAAAGGAUGACGUCAGCCGCCUCCGCACCUGGACCCAGCCUCUCCAAACCAAAAUGUUUUCUGGGGCGUCUCCAGAGCGCCGGCCUGCACAGCCUCCUCCCGGUCUCCUGCCUUCUCAGCCCACUAGCCCCCGAGGGAGGGCCGGAAGGGAGUGUUGCUGAGUCCGGGGGACUCCCUAGGACCAGAGAAGCAGAGGUUCUCCGAAGGUUCCAGAACCUCCCUGGAGCGCCCCCACCAGGCAGCAAUGCAAGGAUGCCCGUCUCUGCCUCGCUCCACCAAGAUGGCAGCCAGGAGCGGCCCGUGAGCCUGACCUCCACCACUUCCUCGUCAGGCUCCUCCCGUGACAGCCGCGGGGCCAUGGAGGAGCCCAGCGGCUCCGACGCUUCGGCCGAGAACGGGGCCGGCUCCCCGCGCGGCCGGCGUCUCCCCAACAACAACUCCGGCAGCUGGCUGAGCAUGAGGGGCUCCCUGUCCCCUUUCAGCAGCCGGGCGUCGGUGGCGCCUGCGCACAAGCUCAGCUACGUGGGUCGAGUAGUGCGGGAAAUCGUGGAAACGGAGCGCACGUACGUGCAGGACCUGCGCAGCAUCGUAGAGGACUACCUCUUGAAGAUCAUUGACACGCCUGGGCUGCUGAACCCGGAGCAAGUCAGUGCCCUUUUUGGGAACAUAGAAAGCAUCUACGCACUGAACAGCCAGCUACUCAGAGACCUGGACAGCUGCAAUAGUGACCCGGUGGCUGUGGCCAGCUGCUUUGUGGAAAGGAGCCAAGAGUUUGAUAUCUACACCCAGUAUUGCAACAACUACCCCAACUCAGUGGCCGCCCUCACUGAGUGCAUGCAGGACAAGCAGCAGGCCAAGUUCUUUCGGGACCGGCAGGAGCUGCUGCAGCACUCACUGCCCUUGGGCUCCUACCUCCUAAAGCCAGUCCAGCGCAUCCUCAAGUACCACCUGCUACUCCAGGAAAUCGCCAAACAUUUUGAUGAAGAAGAGGACGGCUUUGAGGUGGUAGAGGAUGCCAUUGACACCAUGACUUGCGUGGCCUGGUACAUCAACGACAUGAAGAGGAGACAUGAGCACGCAGUCCGGCUCCAGGAGAUUCAGUCUCUGCUCAUCAACUGGAAGGGGCCAGACCUGACCACCUACGGGGAGCUCGUCCUGGAGGGCACAUUCCGCGUGCACCGUGUGCGCAACGAGAAGACCUUUUUCCUCUUUGACAAAGCACUGCUCAUCACCAAGAAGCGGGGAGAUCACUUUGUCUACAAGGGUCACAUCCCGAUGGUCUUGAGGGGCUGGGGCCCCAGGUCAGCUCCCCGCCUCGUGCUUGACUGCCCUCUCCCUCUGCCCCAGUGCUCCUCCCUGAUGCUGAUUGAGAGCACCAGAGAAUCCCCGUGCUUCACCGUCACACACUACAAGCACAGCAAACAGCAGUACAACAUCCAGGCCAAAACUGUGGAGGAGAAACGGAGCUGGACUCACCACAUCAAGAGGCUCAUCCUGGAGAACCACCAUACCACCAUCCCCCAGAAGGCCAAAGAAGCUAUCUUGGAAAUGGAUUCCUAUUAUCCCAAUCGGUACCGCCACAGCCCAGAGCGCCUGAAGAAGGCCUCCCAGGAUGAGGCGUCCACCCAUGUGCACCAGGGGCGCCGGCAGUCUGAGCCUGGUCAGCUCGUGUACAACCGGGCAACACUCCCCAGCAGGCAGCGAGGCUUCACGGUGCCAGGCCUUAAGGGCCAUAGAAAGUCGGAGCCAUCCAGACAUCUGCUCAGGCAACACAGCGAGAAAGCCAGAGCAGCAGGAAUGAAGCAUGCGGGCAGUGUUGGCAUGCUCCUGGACUUUGAACAGCCCCCCUGUGCUCGGGGCCUGCAGUCGGAGGCUGAAGGGGCUGCCCGGGAAGAGGAGGAGGAAGAACAGGCCUUUCAGGUCUCCCUGGAGGACCUGGCAGGGCAUGAAGGCCGCGAGCAGGGGGCUGGGCCAGAGCCCCCAGGCGAGGAGGAGGAGGAGGAGGAGGAGAGCCUGGCAGUGGCGGAGCAGGUAGCCGACUUUGCCAGCUCCCUGCUGGCCGCCCUCCACUGCUGGCACUAUCGGGCCAACGCUUUACUUUUCUCCCGGGGCGCUAUGGGGAAGGGGCGCAGGGAGCCCGAAGACCCCAAGAGCUGCCGAAGGCCCAGCAGCCGAUCUCCAACCACCGCUGAGAAGUGCCUGAGCUUUGAGUCUGUGUCUUCCCUGCCGGAGGUUGAGCCAGACCCUGAGUCUGGGACAGAGCAGGAGGUGUCUGCUGCCAUGGAAGGUCCCAGGACCGAGGAGAUGCCCUCAGACACAGAGGCUCCAGAAGUCCUAGAAAUACAGCUUGACACCCACCAGCUGCUGCUGGGACUGGACCCCCCGGGUGACAUGGUGGACUUCAUGGUGGCCGAGAGCACCGAGGACCCUAAGGUCCUGAGCAGUGAGGACGAGGAGGAGGAGGUGGGGGCCGCCCACGAGCCCGAGAGCCUCCUGCCUCCCUCUGUGCUGGACCAGGCCAGCGUCAUUGCCGAGCGGUUCGUCAGCAGCUUCUCUCGGCGGAGCAGCCUGGCGCUGGAGGACGGCAAGUCCAGCGGCUUCGGGACCCCGAGGCUGACCAGCCGGAGCAGCAGUGUGGUCAGCCUAGAGGACAGUGAGAAGGGCCUGGCCCGACGUGGGAGCACCACAGACCCCCUGGGCUCUCAGCUCCCUCCAGAAGCGGACAUCAGUAUGGGGGUGGCCGCAGAGAGCGACCCUUCUGUCAACGGGACAGAGACCCAGAGCCCAGGCUGCCCAGCGGAGCCAGACAGGCCUUCCUGCACGAAGGAAUCGAAGCUUUCUUCCCGAGACCGGCUGUUGUUGGACAAAAUCAAGAGCUACUAUGAAAGUGCAGAGCACCACGAUGCAGGCUUCAGUGUCCGGCGCCGGGAGAGCCUCUCCUUCAUCCCCAAAGGAUUGGUGAGAAACUCAGUCUCCAGAAUCAACAGCCUUCCCAGGCCAGACUCGGAGCCAGUGGCUGCGCUGGGGCAUAAGAGACAGGUGGGUUCGCGGGCAGCCUCGUGGGCCCUCUUCGACUACCCAGGACCAGGCCAGGCUCGUGCUGGGGACCCAGCUCCCAUCACAGAUGCUGAGUUCCGCCCGUCUUCGGAAAUUGUGAAGAUCUGGGAGGAAGUGGAGUCUCCUGAGGGCAGCCCUGGGAAGGGACCAGGCCAAGGCCAGGCCAAUAGCUUUGACCUGCACGAGCCCCUCUUCAUCCUGGAGGACCGUGAGCUGGGGGCCAUCACUGAGGAGUCGGCUGCUGCCUCGCCGGAGCGUGCCUCCCCCACUGAGCCCCCCAGCCCGGCCCACCUGGCCCGGGAGCUGAAGGAGCUGGUGAAGGAGCUGAGCAGCGGCACCCAGGGGGAGCUGGUGACCCCGCUACACCCCCGCAUCCUGCAGCUCUCCCACGUGAUGGACAGCCACGUGAGCGAGCGAGUCAAGAGCAAGGUCUACCAGCUGGCUCGCCAGUACAGCCUCCGGAUCAAGAGCAAGUCGGUGACGGCCAGGCCACCGCAGCCGUGGGAAAAGGUGGCUGCUACCACCCCCCACCUGCAGCCGGAGGCUGGAGCACCAUCUGCUGGCAGAGGGGUUCAGGCGGCUCGCUGUCUCCUCACAGGUAAGAGGAAACCAGUGCUGUCUCUCUUCAACCACGAGCAGCCCACGGCCCAGGAACACAGCCCGCCCAAGUCCGGCUCUGCCAGGGAGGUAUCGCCGCGGCGUUCCUCCUUCAGCCCCUCGGCCACCAGCCCGAGGACCACCUCGCCUGGGGCCUGGCACAUCCCCCGAAGCCCCCUCAGCCCCUUGGACACCGAGACUUUCAACUGGCCCGACGUCCGAGAGCUCUGCUCCAAAUACGCCUCCCAGGACGAGGCGCUCCAGGCCAAGGGCAGCCGGCCACGCAACCUGCCCGUCAACCGGAGCCACUCGCUGCCGGAGAACAUGAUGCAGCCGCAGCCGCCCCUGUCGGGGAAGGUGGGCCGCUGCUGCAGCCUGAACGCCAGGAGGGCUCCGGCAGGCCCAGGGGUCGUCCAGCCUCAGCCUCUGGCGGGGUCAUCCCCAAGCGCGCUGGGUGGAGGGGAGGCCCUGUAUGUCACCGCAGACCUCACACUGGAGGACAGCCGGCGGAUGGUCAUCAUGGAGAAGGGGCCCCUGUCCGACCCCAACGCGGGACUGGAGGCAGCCAGCGGGCGGGGACCGAGCUCACCAGCAGCCCAGGCGGGGCAGGGCCCGGAGUUCCAGGAGUGUGCAGAGUAUCGGCCUAAAGAAGAGGGUCCCAGGGACCUGGCAGACCCAAGCCAGCAGGGCAGAGUGAGGAGCCUGCGGGAGAAAUUCCAGGCCUUGAACUCCACAGGUUGACACUGAGUCCUGGGGGAGGGAGCAGCUGUGCCAAGGGACGGGGAGGAACGGUGGCAUCCUCGAUCACAGCCUGGGCUCACCGUGCUCACCCGGGGCCCUCAGAAAGGCUGCCCCUGGGAGAGCGCCCUGGGGCACCGGGCAAGGGCCUUCACCUGCCGCGGGCGCGCCAGUGACUUGCGAGCCCCUUUGCCCUCCGAGGCCAGUGUGGCCACUUCCCUUGUAUAUAGUUCUUCUCUAGUAAGAGGCCAGAUAGUUAAGCUCAUUUCUUCCCAGGGAGAGCGAGCCCUGCUCAGGCCUCCAGUGUUGCCUGGCCGCUGCCAGACUGAGGGCCCACCCAGGGGACACACAGGAGUGUGGCCUGGGGAGGCUUUGUUCUUUAACUGUGCCUUUUCUUAGGAGCCGGGCAGGAACGAGGCCCAUAAUUUAUUGCUUUCUACCCUGUGGUAUGUUGGUGUGCUCGCGCGCGUGUGUGUGUGUGAGUGUGUGUUCUGUUGUUGAUUUCCCUCCUGGGAAGAAUGUCGUGGACUCUGUUCAGGUACUUCUGUGGGUUGCCCUGCUGGCCCCGUGGUUGUCACUAAUGUACACACAUUUUGUUAUUUGCCAACGGUGUAAUAACCACUGCUGACCAGCCAA